AUGACGCAUUCACUACCUGAUCCAAGCUUGCAGGUAUUUGAUCCUGAGAUUGAAAGAACUAUUUCACGUACAAGGCAAGCUCGGCGUCGGUUAGUCCUCUCCGAGGGAAAAUCUGAAACAUCACUUAAGGAAGAAACAAGCUCCUUUUCUAUUGAUUCGGUUGAUUUACGUGCAGGUGACAUGGCAGCACCUAGGAGAGUUACUAUCCAGGAAGCUGGAGCCCCUCAUUUUACACUGCAACCGCGUGAUGGUGCAGAUGAAACUUCUAUUCUAUUAAAAGCUUUCCCGUUUUCUCUUGAGGAAAAGGCGAGAGAGUGGUACUACGCCCAACCUAGAGCGACUGUUGCUAACUGGGAUACGCUUAGAAGGGAAUUUUUAGAGAAAUUCUUUCCAGCUGAAGUUACUGAUAGAUUGAGGAAGGAAAUUUCCAUGAUUGUUCAAGGCGAAUCUGAGACUCUCCACGAAUAUUGGGAGUGCUUCAACAAUCUUCUGGAAGCAUGUCCCCACCAUAUGAUUGAGAAGUUAGUGUUGCUUGGCUACUUCAUACAUGGCAUGAAGCCUCAAGAUAAGACCACAUUGGAAGGUGUUAGAAAUGAGUCUAUGAAAAAGUACAAGACCACUGAUGAAGCAUGGCAAUUGAUUAGUGACUUAACUGAAUCCACUAGGAAUCACAGGCAAAAGCAAAGCAACUCCAAAGCUGUUACAGAGGUAUCUUCUAGCAAAGAGACUACUGCUCUAACUCAGAGUAUAUGUGAAAUGACCAACUUACUGAAGCAGAUGCAGUUGAGUCAACAACAAGCUCAGCAAGCUCAGCCAUUUCUACCACAACAAGGCCAACAGUUGCUUCCACAAAGAGUUUGUGGGAUCUGUGCUAAUUAUAGUCAUUAUACUGAUGAAUUUCCGCAGCUCCAGCAGGAAGACAACACUGUGACAGCCACUCAUAACUUCUAUGAUCGCCCCAAUCAAGGAUACAAUCAAGGUGGCAGCUACAACCAUGGAUGGCAGGACAAUUCCAACCAAAGUUGGAGAGAUAAUUCUAGCCAGGCUCUUGUCUCACAGAUUGAAUCACUAAAUAACUCCAACAACCAGCCUUUGAGCUCUAGUGGAAUCCCCUCUCAACCAUUACCCAAUCCCAAGGGUGGCAUCAAUGCCAUUACCUUGAGGUUUGGAACCACACUACAAGGGAGGAAUCCUGAGAAACCAAGCCCGCUAGAACACGCCCCAGCUGAGGACAUGGCUGAGGUAGAGGAUGUUGAAGAAGAAGAUGAAGCACAAGGCAUGGCUGAAGUAGAAGCAGCCCAACCAAAGAAUGCAGAACCCCAGCAAGCUGAAGCUGUAAGAGACGCCACUCCUAUCCCAUUUUCACACCUUGCUAGGAAAGCCAGAAAGCAGACGAAACUUGAUCCCAAAAUGACUUCGAAGUUCAAGCUGGAUGCCUUUUUGGGAACCUAUUCUUUUGAGGUAGAUGGCAGAAUAGUGAGCUUCAAUCUGGAUGAAGCUAUGAAGCAUCCCCCAAAAGAUCACUCCAUAUUCUAA